CCCCAGUAAUAAAUUUUUCUGGAUCCGCCACUGGCUGUGACGUCAUCAAACCGGAUCGGAUCAGGUCUUUGUAAUCCCCUCUAUGUCUCCAUCUUCUUCGAUCGUUGAAGCUUUUGUUUUUAGUGGGUUUCCUUUUUGUUUUGUCGGACUAAAAAACACAAUUAAUAAAAGCAAACACGAAGCAGUGCAGCACCACCUUGGUAACAAAACAACAAAACAGGGUACGUUCAUGACGCUUGCAUACAAAACUCAAAAGAUUUCUGGGAUCAACACCCCACUAAUCACUCACACUCACCAGCUUCAACUUCAUUUCUUAGCCAACAAGUUUCCUCAAAUAUAUAAUAUAAUUAUAAACCCACGCCAAAAUUCUCAUAUUAACUUCACUUAUCUUAUGCGAACAUUGUCGUCUUUCAGAAUUGAGGUCAUGAGGCAAAAGAGGAAACAGAGCAUUGUGAACUAUGGGUACGAACCCUCUGCAGACGAAGACGAUGGUAGUUAUGAGAAAUCGGAAACUGAAAGAGCGGUUCCGGUGGAGAUUUUUCGUCGGAGAAACAGGGAAAAACGCCGAUUGAAGAAAAAUGGCUGUAAUUUACAGGAUCCGUUAGUAGUAUGUGGUGGCGAUAUCAUGUUAAUGAUAUUGAGCUUUCUCGACGCACACAGUGUGGCUUCAUCACUUGUUGUUUCUUGUAGAUGGCGUAGAGUCGCUUGCAGUGAUACCAUUUGGUCUGAAAAGAUCAAAGAGCUAUGGGCUGACAAAGCUCAUCUACCUCGUUUUGCCCAAGUUGAGGGGUUGUCAAAGUUGUCUGCUUACACCUUAUCCAUUCAAGAUGGCAAACGAAGUCGAAUCUUGAAGGAAGAUCUAUGGGAUCAUGUUUGGGAGUUUCACUUUAAAGAGGGUGUCCCAGAAUACUGGCAGAAUUUGGAUCCAUAUUGGAGAGGAACAGGGCCACCAAUGCAUCGCUACUUCCAUGAAGAUGGAAGCCAAACUGCUGAUGUUGAUGAUAAGGUAUGGGGAGGCCAUGAAUGUUGUUACUCCAUUGUUACAAGCUUCUUGGCAGAUGGAAGAAUUCGGGAACAUUAUGUAAGAAUCAAUAGUUGGCCACAACUGUCUAUAUCGAGGAGGCAUGAUUGGGGUUGGGAAAUGUCAAAUGGCCUCUAUUUAUACUCGAGUGUUCCCGAUGCUUAUAAGCCAGGUGGCACUGGUCCCUAUCUUCCAGUUCAUUAAUUGAUUUUUGUUUCUUGUUUUGUUUACCAAGUGUGUUUGGUGAUAGGUUUUGAAUAUUUUAGAUUGAAUUUGCUAGUUUUUUUUUUGUUUUUUUGUUUUUGUUUUUUUUUUUUGCGUGUGCGUAUGUUCAAUAUGUGUGUAUUUGGUUUUUGGAAAUUACAAUGACUUUUUUUUUUGGAAGAUUUCAAGUUGAAAGUUAUAUAUUCACCCAUUACCAUUGAUCUAGAAGAUGUAUUUGUUGAUCUUUAUAGAUGGCAAUUUUAGGUAUUUGAGUAACAUAAAGAUUUUACUUAAACUAUGUGCAUAAUAGAUGUUGCAAUACGAUUUUACAUGUCAUAUGUUUUAUUUUGUUGAUUAGUAACAAUAUAACUAUAA